AUGACUAAGAGAAACAAUCACAUCGCCUUUCCCUGGCUCUCGUUGCCUGCAGAUAUCCGCCUUUUGAUCCUCGAUGAAAUCUCGGGCCAGAAACAUCGUGGCUGGGCUCAGUGCGCAGCCGUCUGCAAAGAAUGGCAGGCCAUUCUUGAACCCAAGAAUUUCUCCCAACUAGCAUUGCAGCCAUCCUGUCUAGACGAACUGGAAACCCUCGUUGUCCGACAAAGGCCUCUUGUCCAGCACAUCUGUCUCAAUAUCGACCUUCCUCGAUACACCUGUCGCACUUGUACACAAAGCGCCACCAUGUCCAAUCGUAGGUCUACCAUUUUUAGGAUGGCUAUCCUAAGGCUCUUUUCUAUCCUGAGUACCUGGCAGCCUACAGGUCGGGUGACACUCGAGCUGAGCGCAUCUUCACCGAGUGAUUCACGACAUUGGUUCAAGAACUACUAUUUUGGACCCGGACAUGAAGACACAAGAGACUGGACCCAACAGGAGAAAGCUAUUAGAUGGCGCGACCCAAAGCACGGCUGGGUUGAUGGUCAGCAGGUUAAAACUCCCGAUCGGCCCGCUAUUUUGCGCCUCUUCUCUCCGCUCUAUUUGAACGCCCCCCGAACUCUCCCUGUCGUUCAUGCCGUUACAAGCUUCUGCAUACGUCGGCAACUUCGACAUGAGCUUUUUCCCGAAGUACUAAAGGCCUUGUGGGAGAAACUCCCUCGGCUAGAAAGUAUAGUCUACGAGCUGUGGCGUGCCCGGCCACACCACUACCAGAUUGCAUGUGCAUAUGAACUAGCCUCCUUAGUCCAGCGUAGUAUUCCAAAACACGUCAAAAGAGUAUCUAUCUUCAAGGACUUCAACAACCAACUUGCACUGGUACUAAAUAACGCUACGCCACAUUUAGGCCGAGAUAUCGAAACUACCUCGGCUGUAGAUCUCGAGCUAGCCAAAGCGUUUGCCGCCAAUAGUGACCAUCUGGAGCACCUUUCUAUUUCAUACAUGAUCGACGCCCAGCAGUUUUUCACCUCAUGCCAGCAGCUGCCAUGUGCCUGGAAUCUCCUGCAGUCGCUGACACUCACAUCAUCCACACUGGCCCGGACAGCUCCUCAUAAAAAUGUUUAUACACUGUUGCGAAACGCCAGUUCAAUUGCGCUGAAGAUACCGCAGCUCAAAACCAUGGUGCUCUGGAACAGUGAACCGGGACAAGCCUGUGCGGUAAUUUAUCAGCGACAUAUUGCAAGUGCAAUGGCUACACUUACAUGGCGUGGUACAUGGAAUCUUGAGCUCAGUGAUAAUGUUGUUGAGUCCUGGAAGAAGGUUGCCCCUAGUCCCUGCUACCUACGGUUGGAGAAGGAAGCAUUACGCGACGUGGAUAUCAGGUCCCAUGGCGAUGCAAUUCAUCAUCUGCGCUUGCCGGAUGGAGUUGUUGAUUCAGAAUCACUAUGCCAAAUACGUCGCGAAGGAAUGAUGCAAAGAAUGGCCUGA